AUGCAACACGAAGUCGCGGCGCGAGCCAAGGUGGCUCGGAAGAAAGGCAUGACGCAAAGGGAUGCUGUCAAGGAGGGCAAUCGGCUGCUCUUCAAGCGCACCUCCGACGCGAUGGCCGACCGAGCCGCAUGCUAUCGGAACCAAGUUCGCGUUGUGUCCAGCGGUCAAGGAUCGGAUCCUGUGUCGCGCGUGCACGGAUCGAUCUAG